AUGCAGUCUGGGAAAGUGUUGGUGUACUGUCACAUGACAAGCAUUGGACUUGGAGCAUGUGGAGGAGGGGGAUGGACGCUGGUGAUGAAAACUGAUGGCCAUAAGGUAUUGUUACAAUCUGUUGGCUCAGAAUUAAGGCAAAAGCAUGAACAUAGUCCGCCAUAGUUAAUGCUGUAAUUGGCCAGGAUCAGUUAUUAAAAAGGUAGUUUUGGGAAUCUGCGAAGAAAUUGCCUGACUUUUUGUGAUAACUUUUUGCAGUUUAAUAGAGAAUUAACCGUUCACACAUUUCUUUUAAUUAUUUAUUUAUUUCCAUCGCAGCCAACCUUUCACUUCAGUUCCAAACUUUGGAGCAACAAGGUCAAUUUCAACCUUCCAGGAGGGAAGACUGGCAUCGACGCACAUGAGACUAAGCUUCCAACCUACUGGAACACACCCUUCUCAAAGAUCUGCCUGGGAAUGAAAGUCGGACACCAGAAAAAGUUCGUUGUGCUCUUCAAGCAAGCAAGUUCCCUCCACUCACUGAUUUCUGAUGGUCUUUACCGCCCUACCUCACUGGGUCGCAACAAGUGGAAGUCGCUGAUUGGUUCUGAAGCUUCCCUACAGCCUAACUGUAACCAGGAGGGAUUCAACACCAAAUGGAGCUACAGCAAUCCCGCAUACGCCCUCAGAGCAGCGAGAAUUGGUAUACUUGGAAACAACGAAAAUGAUUGCGUAACUUGUGAUUCCAGAAUCGGGUUUGGUACUGGAGGAGGCCCCGAUGACGCCAACACGUGUGGAAACGAAGCUUCAGGCGGAGAUAACGGAGACAAGCACAUCAAAGCAAUGGGAUACAUCUUUGUUCAGUAA